AUGAUAAGCAUAAAUAAAAAUCAGUUUUUAACAAGCAUUGAAAAUAACUUAAAAUCAAGACUUCUUGACAAUGAUGGUGAAAAUAAAAUUAAUUUGAAAAAUAUUUUAGUGUUGGAAAAAUCAACUUGGCCCGAGGACCCAGAUAUUAUAUAUCGAGAAGAUGAUAUUAAAUACUUAUGUAAAAGGUGAGACAAAUUAUUUACAAUCAAACUAUUGAUCCUAAAACGUGAUGUCUGCGUUCUACAUCUUUCUUAAAACAUUUCCAUGUUUAACUGCAGAAUGUGA